UGUAAAAAAUAUCGUUUAUCGUCUAUAUCAACAAUCUUGUAAAUAGUUGUAUGAAUACCAUAAACGAAUAUACACGUAAUCGAUAUUUUGGUUUGUCAUUAUCCGUCUAAACCUGUUUAAAAAGAAGAAUUUAAUAUGGAUUCUUUAGUGCCUGAACAUUUUGAAGCUCUUAACCAGGAGAAACCAUUUGUUGAAACUGGAGAGUGUUCAGAUGAAAUAGCCUUAAAAUUUGAUGACGAUAAUGCAUUGUAUGUGUCUAAAAACUUUCUAAGCUACGCUUCUCCAGUUUUUAAAGCGAUGUUUCAGGAAGGCUUCAAAGAAAGCGAGGAGAAAACAGUUAAUCUGAAGGGCAAAAAAUACGAGGAUAUGCUAGAGCUAUUGUUGUGCAUACAUCCUGCUGUUUUGAAACCAGAUGACCGUUCAAACGUCCUUUGUAUACUGCCAUUGACUGACGAAUAUCACAUGACUGUUAUAAAACACAAAUGUGAAGAAACUAUUAAAGUCUGGUUGCAAGAAACACAGAGCUCGAUCCAGUCAAAUGCAAAUGUUUCUUCCUCUACACAAUACAAACGAGCGAAAGUGUGUCUGAAGAUAUUAGCACUUGUGGCCGCUAUAAGUCAUGAAGAUCUGAUCAACAAUGCAGUUGAGGUUAUCUCCUUGUGUCGGUCUAAAUCAUUUACUGGGGUACAUUUUACAACAAGUUACGAAAAAAGCGAUGAUGAUCCUUUAACACACAGAGAAAGCUGUGCACAAAUCUUUUGCAACCUACCAGAUGAAAUGAAGAUUAAAGUUCAAUCCGCAAGAUUAAACCGUUGUGAUGCAUAAUAAUUGAAUAGACCGUUGGCCAGUGAAGUGAUCAUCCGCUCUUCCCUUCUUUAUGAAAUUUUGUACAGUCACUAUGAUUUUCUUAAAAGAUAUGGUCCGAUGAGUAUUUUAAUGUUUUAGACAUCUGGCCAAAGGGACUUAAAGGAGAUAUGAUGAAAAACGCUAAUCUAGAGGCUCAUAGGGAAGACUGGGCAUGCCUAAUUAUGUUGCCUCUUUAAAUAAAGUCUUUAUUACUAUUAUUAUUAUUACCCCACUUUUUUAUUUUCAGUCAUAAAUAUAUUCUCAGUCUUUAUUGCAUAUAGCCAAUCAUAUUUAUACAAAAUACAUUUUUUUAGCUCUAUAAGAAUUAGAUAUCUAAAUGUCUUAUUAAAAUCUUUUUCAAUUG